AUGGGGGAGUUUAUUGCCGCUGCUGCAGGUCCAAUUGAGAGACCACAAUCUGCCCUGCACGCUGAGUUCAUUGCAGCUCGCCGUGCUAUGUUGUUGGCAAGGAGUCAGUGUCCGGAGGAGGUGAAGGGGAUGCUAGUUUGGGGUGCGGGCAAUGACAGCAAUGGCGGGGACAGUGGUGGUAGUGGUGGUAGUGGUGCUUGCAAUGGUGGUGCUAAUAGUGGGAUGUGGUGGUUCGAGUGCAGAGGUGAUAAUGGUGGUAGUGGUGGCUGUUGCGGUUAUGGUGGCAAUUGCGGUUAUGGUGGCGGUGGUGGUAAUGAUGGUAGUGACAAUAGUGGUAGUGGUGAUUGCGGUUGUGGUCACAGUGGUGGGGUUGUGGUUGUGGUUAUGGUGGUGGUGGCGGUGUGGCAAUGA